AUGAGGUCUGUGUUUCCACUAAAUUCUGAUGUCACAGACUACAAAGGGCCUCAGAGGGUCAUACUCUCUCCAACUGAGGAACAGAUAUUCCAACAGAAAAAAGCCUUGAGGGAGAAAUGGCUCCGAGAUGGAAUCAGCAAUGGAAAAGAAGAAGAGAUGAAGAAGCAAAAUCAACAAGAUUAGCAUCAGAUUCAGAAAUGAGAACAAAGUGUCCUCAGACUUGAGAAAGAAAUCCAAGACCUUGAAAAGAAUGAACUACAAAUCUCAACCUAUAAAGUGGUAAUUUAAAAAAAUCUAAAAUCAGUUGAGAAGAAAACAGAAGACAUAAUAAAGUCUGUGAAAGCAAAAAAAGAAGAAACACCAAGAGACUAGAUUGAAGACAUAUAUGCUAAUAUUCCUGAUCUUCCAAAGUCCUAUAUACCAUCUAGAUUAAGAAAGGAAAGAAACAAAGGGACAGAAGAUGAUGAACAAAACAGAAAAGCUUUGUAUGCAAUGGAAAUAAAAGAAAAAGACCUGAAAAUUGGAGAGAGUACAGUCUUGUUCAUACCUCUCCCAUCAGAUGACUUCAAAGAUACAGAAAUUAAAGUUUACGAUGAUGGACAAAAGUCAGUAUACACAGUAGGUUUUAAUCCUACUGCAUCACAUAAUGACACCAAUGGCUUGGCACCCAUUGAAGUAGAGGAACUUUUAAGACAAGCUUCAGAGAGAAACUCUAAAUGUCCAACAGAGUAUCAUGAUGUUUAUGCCAAUCUAUUUUACAGGCCUACAACUCCACAGAGAGAGAAGCUAAUCCCUGAACCACAUUUUCAUUAAAGGAUAUAGAUAAAACCAAAUGUACUAAAAAAUGAUAUAAAUGAAUCCAUACACUAUAUGGGAAAUUGACUUUCUGAGGAAAGAGGCAACAGCUUUAAUAAUAUCAGUCCUGUGUGACCUAUAAUACCUCACCCCCACUCAAUGACUCAAUCAAUAUAGGAGACAAAACAUGGCUUUCAAAAGAAGCUAAUAAAUCCUCAGGAAGAACCAAAUGUAACUUGGGGCAUGCCCAUGUCCUUUUAUCCAAGUCCAACUUCCAGAAAACUGAUUGGGAAGCCAGAGUAUCAGGGCUCUUCUCCUACUGGACAUGAGGAGGAGGAAGAUGUUAGAUACAAUAUCGUGCAUGCCUUACCUUCUAACAUGAACAAUACAGAACCUGUGACCAUGAUUUUCAUGGGAUAGCAGCAGGCAGAAGACAAUGAAGAGGAAAAUAUGAACAACAAAUCUCCCCACCAAAAUUUCAUAUCCUUGAAACAGCAAGAAGAAAGCUUGGGAAGAUCUGCUCACAAUUCUCUGACUCAGGAUUAGAUCACAGGAGAUGAAACUAAAGAUCCAUCCUUAACAGCUUUAACAAUAAGGAUGGCAGGGGCCAAAGCAUACGGCCAACACAGGAUAAACCCUGAUUUGAAUACCGGGAUAGGCCUAAGGUUCGUUGAACUUAUAAAAGACACCUCCCUAGACUACCUGGGGCUUCCGGUUUCAGUCCACGUGGCUGUCCUCCGGAGCCCCAAAGCUUUGGAAUAA